AACAGAAAAAUAUUACUCAUUUAUAUAUAUUUCGAUUUUUUAUUAUUGAUUUAUGUAAACAAUUGGAAAAUGAACGUACAUGCAUUCCUGAUCGAAAUAUUCUGCAGUUAUAUCGUAGUCAAAUGAUGUUUACAAAUGAAUUUAAUGCAUUAAAAGAUGAUAUUGGUAAUUUAAUAUUUACUAAUGGUUUUUUGUCAACAUCUCGUCUUUUGACUGUUGCCAUGCAAUUUAUAUUAGGAGCUACAAAUACUGAUGAAUCCAAAGUAGUUCUACUUGAAAUUGAAGUUAAUUGUCAAAAUACGGAAAUCAUUUUUGCCGAUAUUGAUAAAUAUAGUCAGUCACAAGGUGAACAAGAAGUUCUUUUUUCUUUGGGCACCGUUUUUCUUAUUGAAGCAGUAGAAUUCGACUCAACACACAAUUUAUGGAAGGUAAAAAUGGUAGCAACAGAUGAAUUAUCGAGUGCAAGAGAAGAAUGUUUAAAUUUAACAAUAAGAACCGAAAACCGAAGUCCACCAAUUCUAUUUGGUAAUCUACUUAUAGAACAAUCUGCUCAUUUUGACAUUGCAGAACAAUUUUUUCAAAUGUUAUUGCAAACAUUACCAGAAAAGCAUGAAGAUAUUCCUGAUGUUUAUCAAGCUAUGAGUAAAAUUUAUCGUCGAAAAGAACAAUUUAAAAUAGCAUUAGAUAUGGCUUUGAAAGCUUAUAACUUGCGACGAAAAAUUUCGCCUCGUAAUCGCAUAGAUUUAAGUCAAUCAUUGAAUUUAAUCGCUAGCAUUUACUUGGAAACUGGAAAAUACAGUCGUGCUAUAGAAUAUUAUAAAAAAUCAUAA